UAAAUUGACAGCUAGUAAUUGCUAUUUAUUCCUUGUCACAAUUGAGCAUAAUCUAAUACAAGGAUUUAACAAUUUAUUAUCAUUGAGCAAUUAGAUAGACAACAAUUAAGAAAAUGACUGCAACAAUUAAUCCUAAUGUUUUAUGGGCACAACGUUCUAACGCCACUGAUGAAUCUAAGAAUGUACUUUUCGUAACUAUUGAAGUCCUUGAUGCAAUUAAUACAAAAUUAGACUUGACUUCAACUCAUUUAAAAUUGUCGUGUGAUUCACAAGACAAUGGUAAUCAUUAUGAAUUAGAUAUUGAAUUCUUUGAUGAAGUUGAUCCUGAAAAAUCACAUACUAAUACCGAGAGUGGUUCUCAUAUUUAUUUGGUGAUUAGAAAGAAGGAAGCUAAAGAAGAAUUCUGGCCAAGAUUGACUAAACAAAAGUUGAAGUAUCAUUACAUCAAGACUGAUUUUGAUAAAUGGGUAGAUGAAGAUGAACAAGACGAACAUGUUGAUGCUGAAGAUGAUUUUGGAGCAGGUGGUUUGGGUGGCCCUGGUGGCCCUGGCGGUUUCGGAGGUCCUGGUGGUUUCGGUGGUCCUGGCGGUCCAGGAGGAUUUGGUGGUGCUGAUGGUCCAGGAGGAUUAGAUUUCUCUCAACUAUUACAAGGUGCUGGAGGUGCUGGAGGUUUACCACCAAACUUCGACAUUAGUUCAUUGGCUAGUCAAUUGGGUCAAGCAGGAGCUGGUAAAUUCGGUGAAGAUGGUGAUGAUGAAGACGAUGACGAUGACGAAGACGAUAUCGAAGAGGUCAAUAAAUGAUGACACUCUUUUCAACAACUUGUAUAAUACCUUAAUCUUUUCUACUUUUUACAGUCAAGCCUAAAAUAUACACUCUAUCUAAAUAUAAAAUUCAAAAAAAAUCAAAAUUCUGGCAGUAUUACCUUAUCUUUUAAUACCUGAAAGUCUACCAUUUAAUGUCUACAAGAAUAUACAAGAAAUUCACAAUAUAAAGACUAUUUAGUUCUAGUUCACAUAGUUGAGAUGUAUAUAUAGUCUCUACACAAUUAGCUUAAACGAAUAAUCAUUGAUAUAUGUAUAUUUUAUUCUACCACUUUUAUUUUACCAGAAGCGAUAGUGUGUGAUUGAUACAACAACUUACUUUAACCCAUUCUUUAAUGCUUCUUCAAAUAUCAAUCCAAAAGGAUGAAGAUAUCAACUCAUUAUAUUAUACAGGAAAGGUCGUGCAUUGUGUAAAAUAUUCUCAAGACAGUUGGUGAAAAAUUUUGAAUUUUUGAAUAUG